AUGCCUCCCAAGAAGGCCGUCCGCGCUCCCCAGGAGAACAUCUCCCUCGGACCUCAGGUCCGAGAGGGUGAGCUCGUAUUCGGCGUUGCCCGUAUCUUCGCCUCGUUCAACGACACCUUCGUCCACAUCACCGAUCUCAGUGGCCGCGAAACCAUCACCCGUGUCACCGGUGGCAUGAAGGUCAAGGCCGACCGUGACGAGUCCUCGCCCUACGCCGCCAUGUUGGCUGCCCAGGACGUCGCUAUCCGCUGCAAGGAGGUUGGCAUCACCGCUCUGCACAUCAAGAUCCGCGCUACAGGAGGUAACGGCACCAAGACUCCCGGCCCCGGCGCCCAGUCCGCUCUCCGCGCUUUGGCCCGUUCCGGCAUGAGAAUCGGCCGCAUCGAGGACGUCACCCCCACGCCCUCCGACAGCACCCGCAGAAAGGGCGGUCGCCGUGGUCGUCGUCUGUGA